AGGUUGUGUUUUAGGAGCCCAACUGGAUUGUUAGAGAACUGAUCCCAACGACAGAAGGGCAAAUGAUGUGCUACGGCAGGUGUGCAAGAUGUAUCGGCUACUUUCUUCUCGUUCUGGCACUAUUCUGCAUUGUGGCAAACAUUUUACUUUAUUUUCCCAAUGGAGAGACCCAGUAUGCAUCACAGAACCACUUGAGUAGAUUCGUAUGGUUCUUCCAAGGCAUUGGUGGUGCAGGGUUACUGAUGCUGCUCCCAGCAGGAGUAUUCAUUGGGCUGGAACAUGAAGAUUGUUGUGGCUGCUGCGGCCAUGAGAAAUGUGGGAAAAGCUGUGCAAUGCUGUCAUCUAUUUUGGCUGCAUUAAUUGGAGUUGCUGGAGCUGGAUACUGUGUUGCUAUUUCUGCAUUGGGCUUAGUUGAGGGGCCACUGUGUUUAAACAACGGAGAGUGGUCUUAUGCAUUCAGUGGCACUAAUGGACAAUAUCUGACAAAUCAUCAAUCCUGGUCCACAUGUAGCGAACCAAAGAAUGUUGUUGUGUGGAAUGUUACUUUGUUUUCCAUACUUCUGGGUCUUUCUGGAAUCCAGGUCAUCCUGUGCCUAAUUCAGAUCAUUAAUGGUUUAAUUGGUGGGAUAUGUGGUGUGUGGUGCUGCCAAGAUACAUCACAGUCCUACGUUUGCUGAGUUAUACAAGACUUUAGAGGACCCAAGAAAAUGCACUGAUGAACAACAGACUUAUAGUCUCUCUUAAAUUAUAAUGUAUAGAAUUGAAUGAUUUGUCAUCUGCCUUCUACUGGACGAAAACCAAAGGCUGCCAGUGAGAACAGCGGAAAAACCAUUUGUCAGAGUGUAAAGAGCUUGUAUAGAAAUCACUUCUUCUCUCCCCACGUCUAUUCUACUAUGUGCGAAUGAAGUGGGGUAUUUUGCAUUAAAAUUGUUUGUUUUUUAUUUAAUAUUGUUUUAUUAGUAAUACAAUAAAUGUAUCAGAACAU